AGAUUGUCAACUAAAUACUCUUUGUAAACACUUCUCUCAAACAUGAUCAAACCCAUUUCUCAGUCAUAAGGCGCUCCUCCCUCUCAUUCGUCACAGUAGCCUAUGACGUAGCCCAAAUCUAUAAUUCGCAUUCGCUUCGUCUCCGUUGUGUUGUAUCCAGGAGUUUUGAUCACUUUAAAGCAAUAUUUUUCCAUGCCAAUCAACAGAUGGGCGAAUUGUGAAUCCAAGAUUAUCUCACUCCGUCAAAACAUUGAUGGGUCUCAGAAGCCAAAAAAGCAAAUCAUCUGUAUUUAUCCGAUCAGCAUGGCAUAUGGAUUAUGUUAAUUUUAUUCUGCUGCUGGACUGGCACUUGUGCUAUUCAUCAUUUAGAACAGCAACUUCAUUGUCUGUGACGCAAGGUGUAUGUUAAGAGUUUCAAAAUAUUGGCAAUGGACAAAAUAAAUUUUCGAUUUCUUUUUAUAAUCUCAGCAAUUCUUGGAGUCUUCUUAAUAUUGUAUGGGGAGUGGCAAGACACUCAUAUGGAGGUCAGGUACACGGAUGUGGACUAUCUUGUCUUUUCUGAUGCUGCGGCCUUAAUGGCAUCUGGAAAAUCACCUUAUGAAAGAUCAACAUAUCGGUAUUCACCACUGAUUGCUGCUCUUCUCUUGCCAAAUUCAUUUCUUCAUCACAUGUGGGGAAAAUUUCUCUUCUCGGCCUCAGAUCUACUUGUAGGAUUGCUUAUACACACCAUUUUGAAGCUACGAGGGGUGCCUGAGAAACUAUGCACCUCCUCUUUGAUGGUAUGGCUUUUUAAUCCUUUCACCUUCACCAUUGGAACCCGUGGGAAUUGUGAGCCCAUUGUGUGUGCCGUGAUCCUGUGGAUCAUUUUGUGUCUGAUGAAUGACCAGCUGGUGCAAGCUGCAUUUUGGUAUGGACUUGUUCAUUUGAGAAUAUAUCCUAUAAUUUAUGCACUGCCCAUAACCUUAGUUCUUCAUCCUCUCCACUUCCAGUCUGGUAAAAAGCCUGCCCUUGUGGACUGGAGCUCUAGAAAAUUAAUGUCACUUAAUGGCUCAAGCAAGUUGAGAUUUACUGUUUUACAAUUUAUUAGGAACUUUUUGACAAGCAUUUUUACUUGGAGGGGACUUGUGUUUGGGUUUGUUUCUGGAUCUAUCUUCUUCAUCUUAACUGGAUUGUGUUUCUACUUUUAUGGAUGGGAUUUCUUGGACGAGGCGCUGCUAUACCAUCUCACUCGUACGGACCCAAGACACAACUUUUCAAUAUACUUUUACCACAUAUAUCUACACUACGAACAAGAGUUCUCGAGCCUGGAAAAACUCAUCUCCUUUCUGCCUCAGUUCAUCGUGCAGCUAGCUCUCAUCUUCCGCUUUGCAUAUGACUUGCCAUUCUGUUUCUUUGUGCAAACGCUAACAUUUGUAGCAUUUAACAAGGUUAUAACUGCACAGUACUUUGUUUGGUUCUUCUGCCUAUUGCCUCUAAUACUACCAUGGAGCAAUAUGAAGCUAACGUAGAAAGGCAUAGCCUGCAUCUUUUUGUGGAUGGGAGCUCAAACUCAUUGGUUAAUGUGGGGUUAUUUGCUGGAAUUUCGGGGCAAGAAUGUUUUCAUUCAGCUAUGGAUGGCAAGUUUACUGUUCUUGGCUGUUAAUACUUAUGUUCUUAUUACCAUUAUCCGUGACCAUGCGUACUGUCCUGUGUUUGAAGAAUUAAAUGAAGAAAAAUGGAACAACACAAGGAAACAUGACUAGUAUAUUUUGUUUUGAAAUAUUAGAGCUCCAACGGUAUAGCGAAACUGAGUAGGUUAUUGGGUUUUUCUGUUGAAUGUAGUCUGGUAAAAACUUUGAACCUGAGUUAUUAAUUA